AUGUCCUAGCAAGCAAAAGACAUACUGUUAUAAACACUUAAAUAUAGUAAUAUUAUUCUUACUGGACUAAUUUUAGCUUACCCUAAAAAGUUCAUUAAUUUAGUCUAUACAAAGUGUAAACGUCCUACUAAGGUUUAGCUCACAGCAGCAACCCAAUAGUAGGAUUAACUCUCUUAAAUGUAAGGUACUGUGAAAGAAGAUGUCUUGCUUAAAUUUAAAGCCGCAUGUAAAAUUAUCAGAAAAGAAUAAAACACUGACCCCAAAGACUCUCUAUAGCUCUACGGUCUAUAUAAACAAGCUCUAGUUGGCGACUGCAAUAUAAGUUAACCAUCAAGUUUAAAUUAUGAAGCUAAGUUGAAGUAUGAACAUUGGACCAAAUUUAAGGGUUUACCAAGAGAAGAUGCUAUGAUGCUCUAUGUUGAAUAUGUAAUUUAAAUGCUCCCUAAGUAUGAAGAAUAAAUUGCUAAAAUUUCUCAAGGUGCCAAUGAAAAUGACUAAGAGGAAAGCGAAGAUGACAAUAACAUUAGCGAAAAAGAUCUAUUUGAAACAGAGUCUGAUUAAGAUGCUAAUGAAGGCGAAGAAAGUAGCUUUAAAAAUAAAAAGGAAUAAGUAGGAAGGGGGUUUGGCUUAUCUGUAAGCAAAAUGACCUAAAAUAUAGGAGAAUAAUUCUUGGGCUAAAAAGAAGCACAAGAAGUAACUGAAGAAACAUAAAUUUUCUUUAGUUUGUUAGAUGAAUAAAACAUCCCAGAAAUAGAAAAGAGCAUCAAAGAAGGAUUUGAUUUAUGUCAAAAGAAUGAAUAAGGUAGCACCGCAUUACACUAUUGCAUAGAAAAUGAGCUUCUAGACACUUUCCAUACUCUUAUUGAAUCAUUUCCUAACAUUAAUGCCCAAGAUUCAGAUGGCUUUACUCCACUUCAUGUUGCUGCUUUAAACGAACAAAAUCAUUUAGUCCUAGAGCUGUUAAAGAAAGGAGCUGAUCCUAACAUUUAAGAUAAUGAAGGCUAAACUGUUUUCGACAUAGCCAAUAACUCAACAAAAAAAAUUAUAAACGACUUUAUUCAACAAUAAAAGUAAAAUUUAGAAUGA